UUACCAGCAUGGACUCUGAUAGAUCCUUGUCUGGUACGCCGGGUACACCUGGAAGCAAUAUGAGCACAUCUAGCUCUUUGGCUCCUGGCGAUCGUAUUAUAUCUGUUAAAUCCUCUAUUGAUGGUAUUGGUUGGGACCCAGAGCGACGUGAAAGGCUCGAAGAAUAUGUAGUGACAGUCCACAACAUCACUACACACGCAUACUCACUCUCAAAGUACAUUUUUUUGCGUGCCAUUCAAGAAGAUGAGAACUUUGAUAUCAGGCGAUGUAUCAAUCGUGAUUUUUUUGCAGAGGUGUGGCUCAAACUGACUCGGUAUGCACGAGGAAGGGCUGGCGGAAGAACUGCGGCGACUCGUGCAUUCAUUGACACUUAUCUUGAUGACUAUUUGGAGGUCACUGGUUUUGUUCCACCAGAUUUCCGUUAUGGUCAGCAAGCAUCUUUAAUCGAAGGAGCAAAGAUCUUUACAUCUUAUAGCAACAAUGUCCAGAUGCGUUUGGGAAGUCAUCUUAGACAAGCUGUUAAUCAUCUACUUCGUAUUCGACAAAGAAAAGCCGAAUUAAUUGCUUAUAGAAGACGUGAAGGAUUAAUUGAUGCACUGAUAAAAUCUGAAGUAUACAGAGAAAUAACUGAGCCGGCGACAAGAUUCAAGGAACUUAUAGCUAGAAGGUUACCUCAAGAUUUUGUAUUGGACGGAGAGCAGUUCGGGGACCCUAUCUACAAUAACGCUCUUGAAAUUCUUCGCCCUGUCCUUACCAGUUAUCCCGUUGACUACCGGUUUCGUGGUAAUAGCAUUUAUUUUGAUUCCAAAGCAAGACUAGUUGAACAUAUGCGGGCUUUUUACGAACUGGCUUUAUUAUUUAUUGAUAUAGAAUUACCUGUGUUUAAUUGCUUCCCAUUACGCCGCUCUUGGAUUCCUUGCUACACAACCAUCGAUUCAAAAAUUCUUUGUCAAAAUAUUCUUGGUCGUCGGUGGACUAAUCGUCAAGAUAAGAUAGCACUUUGGCGUGAAGUAAUUAACCUAAACUCGGAUGCACUCAAACACCAAGAAAAUGGCGAGCUCCAGUUUAGAGGAACUAUUCAAACGGAUGGAGUAGGUGUAACUGUGAUCAAGAAAAGAAUGGAUCGUGAAAGCAGAUAUACUGCUCGUUUUGCUGUUGUGGUUGAAUCAAUUCAGUACAUUUCACAAGAGAUUGCUCAAGAAACUGUUGGAAGAUGUGUUACAAUUGAUCCUGGGCGAAGAGAUUUGCUAUUCUGUGUGCAUGAAAACUCAACCGCAAACAAUCCAAACAAGUUUCGAUUUACCAAACAGUACCAAGACAAGUUUGAAAAGAUCAAAAAAUACCGUAGAAUCCGUGAAGCUGUGAAACCCGCUAGAGUAGCAGCCGCUGAAAGGCUUUUGGUUAAUUAUGAUUCCUUGAAUAGAGAUGAAUUUGAACAGUAUCUUGAAAACAGGUCCAAUAUGACAGGCAUUAUCCAAAACCACUAUGUCAACUUCCGAACCAACCAUCGUACUGCUCAUCCUUUGCAAAGAAAACUGCGGCUAUCUGCCUAUAUUAGAAGACAGCAAGGAAACGAGGAUCUUAUUUCAAAACUAGAUGAACAGUUUGGUGUCGAAGCUGUUUAUGUCAUGGGUAACUGGUCUUCUCCUAAUGCAAGAUUUCAUGAGCCGGUCCGAGGCCUUGGAUUCCGUCGGUUGCUUCAAAAAGCUGGUAAAAGGGUGUACUUGAUUGAUGAAUUUAGAACAAGUCAGUGCUGCCCAGCUUGUGAACGUAGAAGUCUUGAAACGUUUCGGAUGGUGGAUAACCCGCGCCCUCAUAGACGAAGAGCAAAUCCUCGUGUAAUCAGACAUGGUCUCUUAAGAGCCAUGACUAAUAACACAAAUAGGAUUGUUCCUCGUCUAUGGAAUCGUGAUAUGGCUGCUUGCUUGAACAUGGUUGAUAUUGUUCGAUCACUUCGUGCUGGAAAUGGCAUUCCCCCAAGAUUUCGACGUGGAGAGGUUCCCCAGAACCAACGGAGAAGAGCAAGAACCCAAAAUGAACAAGCAAACAUUAGAAAUGUUCGUCAACGUCGCAACUAGAAUUUUCCAGGCCUGUUAUCGCAGGUCAACCAUAGAUACACUUAAGUGGUAAGCUCAUUUUUUUUUUUUUUUUUCGGAAGAUGAACGUAUUUUUUUUU